CGAAGCCGGAAAAAUUUCCGGCCCUGGCUGUAAAUCCUAGUCUACGGUCCAGCAGGCUGUGUUUAAACUGCGCGUGCAAGUGGGCUUGGGCUUUGAGCGACUGUGCGUCGCAGCGAAUGGCUAGGGACCUGAUCGGGCCGGCACUGCCGCCUGGCUUCAAGAAGCGCGCAACAGUUGAGGACCAGGAGCGGGACCCGAGCCCCGUUGCAGGGCCAGCUCUGCCUCCUAAUUACAGAAGCUCCAGUUCAGACUACUCAGACAGCGACGAGGACAGUAGUUCUUUAUCUGAAGAAGGAAAUCAAGAGUCUGAAGAAGAUGAUGCUGGUCCAACUGCAAAAAAGCGGAGGCGAAAUCAAGAUAGAGACGACGAUGAUGACGAUGAUGGGUUUUUUGGACCAGCCCUUCCUCCUGGGUUUAAGAAGCAGGACGACUCUCCUCCAAGGCCUAUAAUAGGUCCUGCAUUGCCACCUGGUUUCAUUAAGUCUCCACAGAAAAAUGACAAAGGCAGAGAGAAUCCAGGGCAAGUGUCACCAUUCUUCAACUCAGAGGAAGCAGAGAGUGGUGAAGAUGAGGAUAUUGUUGGACCGAUGCCUGCGAAAGGACCAGUUGACUAUAGUGUGACAGCAGAGUUUGAGAAAAGGGCCCAGAGAAUGAAGGAGAAAUUGACCAAAGGAGAUGAUGAUUCACCUAAACCAAUUACAAGAGAGUCAUGGAUGACUGAGCUUCCACCUGAAAUGAAAGACUUUGGUCUUGGGCCAAGAACCUUUAAGAGAAGAGCAGACGACAAAUCAGGAGACCGAUCUGUCUGGACCGACACCCCAGCUGACCGGGAGAGAAAAGCUAAGGAAAUACAAGGCGCAAGGAAGUCAUUGAGCAAGAAAGACGAAGAGAACAUGUUGUCAAGAAGGGAUAAAAGGCUGGCUGAGCAAGUCUCCUCAUACAAUGAAUCAAAAAGGUCAGAAUCCCUCAUGGACAUUCAUCAUAAGAGGUUAAAGACUAAGGCUGCCGAAGAUAAGAACAAGCACCAGGAGAGAACCCCUUUCGAUCGUGAUAAAGAUCUCAAGGUUAACCGGUUUGAUGAGGCUCAGAAAAAAGCCCUUAUAAAGAAAUCCAGAGAACUGAACACCCGGUUUUCACACGGCAAAGGCAACAUGUUUUUAUAAGUAAGUGUACUUCAGUGAGGUACACGCAUACUGAUCAGCCUGAAGCCCUCAGAAUAUGCCUUUGUCCGUAGUAAUUAUGUGCACAAAUACAUUUCCUUUUGUAUAAAGUAGA